UAUAAAAUCAUCGGGUUGGUUGGAGGGACAGAAGUGGAGGGGACAGAAAUCUUUGUCCAACAGCUGAACAACAAGAAAACAACAGAGAAAGACAGGACAGCGUGGGAAAUGUGUCCUGUGUGGUUAUUGGUGGCUGUGGCGCUGGCGGGCGUGGCCAGAGGAGCUGUUGGUCAGUGUUUGGAACAUCCCAGCUGUCAGGAGCUCAACUCUGAGAGCAACAUGCUGGAGUGUAUCCAGCUCUGUCGCUCCGACCUCACCGCAGAGACACCGAUCAUCCCGGGCGAUGGCCACCUCCAACCUCUUCCUCCAUCAGAGUCUCUGCCUCCCCUCUCCCUGUUCUCUUCCUCCUCCUCUCCACAGGCCAAGCGCUCCUACUCCAUGGAGCAUUUCCGCUGGGGGAAGCCUGUUGGACGAAAGCGCCGCCCGGUCAAAGUCUUCACCUCCAACGGCGUGGAGGAGGAGUCAGCCGAGGUUUUCCCUGAAGAGAUGAGAAGGCGAGAGCUUGCCAGCGAGAUUAUAGCGGCAGAGGACGAGGAGAAGGCACAGGAGGUGGCGGAAGAGGAGCAGCUCCACGAGAAGAAGGAUGGCACGUACAAGAUGAAGCACUUCCGCUGGGGCGGGCCGCCGGCCAGCAAACGCUACGGUGGCUUCAUGAAGAGCUGGGACGAGCGCAGCCAGAGGCCCCUGCUCACGCUCUUCAAAAAUGUCAUCAACAAAGACGGACAGGAGCAGAAGAGAGAGCAGUGAGGGAGGACAAAAGAGAGGGAAGAGACAGAUAGAAGAUGAGCAGACUGAUUGGCCAACAAGUCCUCCAAACAGCCCGUAUGAGCGUUCUCUGAUCUGACUCCCUGUCUCCUAGAAAUUGAAUUAAUUUCCAACAUUCAGUGAAUAAUGAAUCAUUUGUUUAGUGUAAUCACAGCCUAAUUAAGGAUUAUUUUUUAUUAUUGAUUAAUUACCAGUUAUUGUCUUGAUUAGUAGUUUAGUCAAUAAAACCUCACACAACAGUGAAAAAUGUCCAGCAGAUUUUUCCUGAUACAGACUGUGUUUAUUAAAUUAAAAAAAGGAGCAAAUAUUCACAAUUGAGGAUAUUUUUGGCCCAAAUUACCCAAAUGACUAAUUGAAAAUAGUUUUUUUGCGACAAUGUUUUUUUGAGUGUAGGAAGUGCAGUACUGAAUAAAUGUAAUUUCUAGGAGGCGGGGUUACAGCAGGAUGAUAAAGUUGGGAAUUAUUGACUUCAUGAUUAAAAUGUUUACCGUCAGAAAGAAAAAGGAUAUAACUAGUGAUUUCCUCGUUGCAUCUGUUCACCCUGACCUCCUCACUAAGAGGUUUUGCAGCACUAGAAAAAGAUUGCUUGUCAGGAAAAUAAUCUUUUAACAAGGACGGUGUUGAUUGGCUGUUUAAGCAGCAGAUAAUUCUCAUUGGGCAGGGAUGAUCAGAUACUUUAAUGACCAAUACGAAGCUCCCUUCUUCUGCCUGUCUGUCCCUCCACCCACAGGGAUCGGUCCUGAAAUGAGAGAGAUAGAAAAAUAGAGUGAGAGAGAGAGAGAGAGAGAAUGACAGAAAAAUGUUUUAUAUAUUGAGUCAUGUAAAUAACUGUAAAUGACAUGAAAACAUAAAGGUAUUUGCAAGCAAAA